AUGAAGCGGCCUGCCAAGAGGCAGGCGACCCAGCUGCAGAGAGCAGUCGCAGCUGGCGUCGUCAAGAAAGCCGUGAAGCCGUUCGCUUUAUUUUGCCAGCAGCGUCGCCUGAGUCCACGAAAGGCGGCUAGUGCCUGGCGUGACUUGGGGGACAACGAACGAAAAGAAUUCCUGGCGGCGUCCAGGCUUGGCUUCUCGAACCAACGGCAGGCAGCAGAGAAGGCAGGCGUUCGUCUGAGAAACUCUCAGCGAACCGACCCGCCUGUGGCACCUGAGCCUCUGUUGUCUGACCGUGCUCCGGACGACAUCACCUUCGGCGACUACAUCGUCUGUGGCUCUCAGGCCGGGGUUGGACAGGGCGGCUACGGCGGCAUCAUGAAAGUAAGGCACCGGGUUUCGCAUCGCAUCUAUGCGGCCAAGGUCAGCAACACGAAUUUCCACCUGUCUGAGGAAGUCGCCUUGCUGAAGCAGCUGGCUCACGAGACCUUUCUGCCGUUGCUCGCAGAGUCGGUGGUGACUGAGGAUGAGUUCGUUCCCGGCCAGAUCUCCUUCAUGAUCAUGCCUUACGUGGCCGCGGGCUCCGUCCUGCAUUACUUGCACAACGUUGGAGCUUUUGAUGCUGAGAAGCAGUUGGCCCUCACCCAUCAAGUGCUCGCCGGCUUGGCCCACCUGCACAGGAGGACUGAGCAUAUACACGGUGAUGUGAAGCCGCAGAACAUUCUUUAUGAUCCAUUGACAAACUCCUGUUUCAUCAUCGACUUCGGGAUGACAUACCGGCUUCCACUGGCAGAGGAUUUCGUGGAGGACGGGGCAGGGGUGUACACCUAUGCCUACCGAGCGCCUGAGGUUGCCAAGGGCAUGUCUGAGAAGAUCCUCAAGAAAUUUUUGACUGUGAAGGCCGAUGCGUGGGCAUUGGCCAUGACGGUUCACCAGGCAGCUACCAAAAAGGCCUUGUUUCAUAUGAGCCCCUGGAAGGCAGCGGAAAGUUUGUUGGAAUUGUUUGAUGCCUGCAACCCGGGCCCGCCUGACAAGAAAGCACGGUCUGUCCUCAGCCUGAGCAAUGCCAGUCGGGAGGUUGCCGAGGAAGUCCGUCUGAUGUGGCUUGCGAUGGCUGAACCGGUGCUCCAAAAACGCCGGUCUUGCCAGCAGCUUGCAGAGGAGCAUGGCCUGCGGUGA